AUGAAAGUUUUUGUCACUGGGGCCAGUGGAUUCAUUGGUAGAGCAACUUGUAAAGAAUUAUUAGCUAGAGGUCAUAAAGUUUAUGGUCUCGCAAGAAGUGACAAAAGUAUUGAAUUAUUGAAAAAAUUAGGAGUUGAACCAGUUUCUGGGGACUUAGAUGAUAUCGAAACAUUAAAGAAGAAUGCCAUCGAAAGUGAUGGUGUCAUUCAUGUGGCUUACAAGCACGAUUUCUUGGUUGUUAAAGACCCUGCAGAGUCGCAAAAACUUCUUCAAGACGCAGUAGAUUCCGAUAUUAAAGUUAUUCAAAGUAUUUGUGAAGCAUUGGAAGGAUCUAAUAAACCAUUUGUUGGAGUUUCAGGGUUCGGAUAUUUACAUGGUGUCGAAAACGAUGAAUUUUCUGAACCUCAAAGAGGAUCAGGACCUUUUGCUCGUCAAGCUGGUAUUGAUGUCUUAUUAUCAUACGCAGAUAAAGGAGUUAGAAGUUCAGUAGUGAGAAUACCCCCUAUUACUCACGGUGAAGAGGAUAUGGGAUUUUUCCCCAUGAUCGGGAAAGCUGCUCAAGGGAAAGGAGCUGUAAUGAAACUUUCUGAUGGUAAAAAUCACUGGAUCACGGUAGAAAAAAAUGAUCUUGCUCAACUUAUAUGUUUGAGUCUUGAAAAAGGUAAACCUGGUGCCACAUACCAUGCUUUCCAAGAAACUCUCACCACCAAUGAGAUUUAUCAAUACCUUAGUGAAUUAUUGAACUUACCUAUUGAAGAAACUCCAGUUGACGAAGGUAUGAAGUAUCUUGGAUUCAUUGCUCCGUUCUUAACUAUGGACUUACUUGCUUCUUGUGAAUUUACCAAGAAAGAACUUGGUUGGAAACCAACUGGUCCAAGUCUUGCGGAAGAUGCUAGAGCCUAUUACUUUAAAUAA